AUGGCCACUUCCUCUGACAAGUCCCUCGUGCUGUACACCGCGCCUACGCCCAACGGAUAUGUACCCACUAUCCUCUUAGAGGAGUUCAAGGCUGUCUAUGGUGGUCCGGACUAUGAAGUCGUCAAAAUGAGCAUCAGGGAUGCCGAUAUUGGCAAAGUCCACAACCAGGUCAAGGCGGAUUGGUUCCUGAAGAUCAAUCCCAACGGCCGCAUCCCUGCGAUCACCCAUGAGGGCUUCCCCGUUUUCGAAACCUCUGCGGUCCUCGUCUACCUGGCUCAGCACUUUGACAAGGAAAACAAGUUCUCGCGCGACCCCGUCAAGGACCCGAAGGGCUACAGCGAGGAGCUGCAGUGGCUGUUCUUUUCUCACGGAGGGAUCGGUCCCAUGCAGGGCCAAGCUAACCACUUCAACGUUUUUGCGGCUGAGAAGAUCCCGUACGCCAUCAACCGCUACCUCACCGAGACGAAGCGUUUGUACGGUGUGCUCGAGGAGCGUCUCAAGGGUCGCGAGUACUUGGUAGGCACCUACGGCAUCGCGGAUAUCAAGACUUUCGGUUGGGCGCGCAUGGCGCACCGCACUGGCUUCGACAUCAACGAGUUCCCCAACGUCAAGGCCUGGGUCGAUCGCAUUGAGCAACGUCCUGCGGUCCAGGCUGGCAUCAGCCUCUCUUGA